UUAAAUGUUCAAAAUCUACAGGAAUUUUGAAUCAGAUAAUGAGUUGAUCCCCACCAUGAUUUAACUUUUUAAAAGUAAAAUGAAAAUACAAAAUAAAAUAAUGACUAAAAAUCACAUCUUUUAAAUCUUUCCUGACAAAACACAAUGUUUCGAUCUCACUGUUCCAUGGAUAAAGUACAAAGCAUAAAGUAUGUCAUUUUAUAUGUUACUGUUUAAAAUAUAAAAUGAUAAAACAAAAUAGACAUUUAUCAACUUCAGGGUGAUAACAGAAGCACCACAGUGAACUUUCUAUUGCCUUACACACAUCAUGUUCAUGAUUUGCACACUUUGCAAGAAGAGGUGGAGCUCCAUGGAAAUAGAUACUAUUUAUAAACAUUAUAUUCAAGGACUCAGUCUUAAAACUGAAAGUAAAAGUACCAUCUAAAACCAUAGCAGUCCACCCUGUUGCUUGCAUAUCAUUUGUCUUCCAACAGUCACUCCAUCACAGGUACCUCAGCUGAGAUCUGGUUUCAAAAUGGCAGUCCUUACAUCAUUUAUCAAUUUUUUUGUAAUGGUCAUUGGGAACACGAUGGAUUCUCACAGGACCAUUCUGGAUGAACUGACAAUUUCAUCAAAACUUAGUGAAGUGUUUUUGGUGGAGGAGAGUGAUGUCAUCAUUGCUUUUGUCACAAUUGUGUCUCGAUCUGGUACUGACAUUUCAUCUGCUAUGGAGAAGAUCCCUGUGGGAAAGCCUGCCAUUCUAAUUGUGCUUCACCACACAUUUGAUCCGAAUUAUAUUGCUCCAGACAGCAGACUCUGUGUAAACAAGAACACAGUAUUUGCAGUAGAUUGUCUCUAUCAUGAAGACGAAGGGCUGCUGAGAUGUCCGAGGAAUGAUGAUGCGAUCAGAGCGGUGAAGAAGCACCUGAAAAUCGACGAACACAAUGUGGACAACAGUCGUAUUAACUGUGCUGAGCAGAUGGACGCACAAGGCUGCACAGCUGCCACAUCUGCGCUUUUAUCAUGGACAACAUGUUACAGCAAGACAAUACACCCUGCCACCGACUUUUACUUACAUAUGAAAUCCAACAGAUGUACUGCUGUGAGAAUAGCUAUGUUGAUUCUGCUCACUGGUGUGUGUACUGGUGUGGGUAUUGGUGUUAAUGUUGUUUUAGGUAUUGUAGCAUUUAUUUUUUUACUUAUUCCUGCAUGUAUUGUUACACGUAUUUAUCCGUGUAGCAGUGAGGAUAAUAAUUCACAUGUACAUGCAGAUUCAACCAAAUAUUUAGCAAUUUAAAUUUUUUUUUAUAUAUAUAUUUUUUUCUCCAGAUAAAUCCUGCAAUUACAUAGGAGAAAAAACUUUAUGUAGAAGAAAACAUAGUAUCAUUAUUAAAUUAUAAACUUUAAAAUCCAGAACAGGUUUGUUUCCUCUCUUUAAUGGAAAACUUGGAUAGAGAGAGUCUUGUGUUACUUAUUUAAUACUGAAAGAAUGUUUAAAUUAACAUAGAUGUAGGUUUAGGUCUAGGUUUAGGGUUGAGAUUAUGGGAUAGGGUGAGGCUUAGGUUCUAACCUUAAGGAUAAUUGAUUCUAAUUUGUGAAGGUAGGAGGUUGAACUACUUAUAUAUACUCGUACUUAUACAUUUGCUAUAGAAAAAUCAGCUGCUGCCUUGCCAUGAUGUACUUUUUUUAGCAUGUUAAAUACUUUUUUUCUGUCAUUCAUCUUAGAUAUAACUUUGACUUGUAAUAUGUAAAAAAAAAAAAAAAAAGAAUUCUGUGUAUAUCUUUUUAGUUAAUACAAAUGUCUGAAAAAAAUGUCAUGUGAUUUGCUGCAUUGGAACUGAAUUUUAAUAAAAAC